AUGCUACACCUCGUCAUUCUGUCUGCUAACAUCCCAACUGCAAAAUUCACCACACCCGACUCACACGUGUCUGCCACCUUCAGAGAUGUCACAAGAAGUACAAGAAUCAUACAGAAGGAACAGAAUCCCACUUGGAAUGAGACGCUGGUGUGGUUCCUGGGUGAUCGGUCCCUGGACAGCACUUCCUUUGUGGACAUACAACUCCGGGAAUGGGGUCACUUGGAUACAGAAAGGGAUCUGGGCUCCGCUACUGUAUUUCUAACAUCUCUUGCUUCAAAACCAAGCAGCGUACUCACCCUGAAGGACCUGCCCCUCCUGGACAGUAGCCACCAGCCAACAGGCUGUACCAUCAAUUUAAGUGCCUCCUACACCCCUCCAGGACUCAAGGCAAUAGGGGUGUCAGGAAAACAAAAAGCCAGUGGUGAAGGGGCACACGGUGGGGUCACCACAGCCAUCCGGAGUAUUACAGGAAAGGAUCAUCAGAGGGAAGGAAUCAGCAGCGGAUUAAAUCCCAGAAGAGAACUCGCAGACAAAAAACAGGACUUCCAGGUGCGUGUGAGGAUCAUUGAAGGCCGUCAGCUCCAGGGAAACAACAUCAAGCCCGUGGUGAAGGUCUUCAUUGGAGACCACGUGUACAGGACGAGAAUCAAAAUGGGGAACAACCCCUAUUUUAAUGAGAUAUUUUUCCAGAACUUCCAUGAGACGCCUACUCAGGUCUUUGACGAGACCAUAAACAUACAGGUGCUGAACUCAAGGGCAGUGCGAGCGGAUUCCAUCAUUGGAGUGUUCAAGCUUGAGGUUGGCCGUGUGUACGACUCUCCCGGCCAUGCUCUCAGCUGGAAAUGGCUCAGCCUUUACCACCCUACUCAUCUGAAUGCUGGCUUGAGAGGCUACUUGAAAGUCAGCCUUUGUGUGCUAGGAGCCGGGGACCAGGCACCGGAGCUGGACAUGCCCGUGGAGAGCGAGGACGUCGAGUCCAGCCUUCUCAAGCCUGCAGCGAUGCCUGUAUGCAUGGUCACCUUUCAGCUCCGCAUAUACAGAGCUGAGGAUAUGCCCCAAAUGGAGGACUCCUUUCUGCAUUACUUUAGGUCCAUGUUCCAGAUGCAUGUCGACAAAAGGAUCUGCGUUGACCCUUCUGUGGAAGUUAGUUUUGCAGGGAAAACGCACUGCACCAGAGUGAUGCCAAGAAACACGAACCCAGAGUGGAACCAGGUGCUGUUCUUUCCUGCCCAGUUACCGUCCAUGUAUGAUAAGAUCAAGCUAACUGUUCUGAACGGGGACCGAGCAGGAAAAACGGACAUCCUUGGGACCACGUACAUCAGCCUGUCCCAGGUGUCCUCCACGGGGGCUGAGAUAGAAGGGGAUUUCUCCGGGUUCCUGCCAUGCUUUGGACCCAGCUUCCUGACCCUCCACGGGAGCCCCAGGGAAUUCACCAGCCUCCAAGACUCGAAUGAGAAACUCAACUCUGAGAGCGAGGAAGGGGUGACCUAUCGAGGUCGGAUUCUAGUGGAAUUAAACACCAGCAUGGAUAGGACCCCCGAAAAGGAAAUAGAGGAGAUCCCUGCAGAGGCUGUUGCCAGGGUGGAGCGAUACUUGUCCCGGCGCAAGUAUGGCCUGUGUGCCAUCUUCUAUUCAGCCACCAUGCUGCCCGCUAUCAAGGAGCUAAUCCAAUUUGAGGUCAGCAUUGGGAACUAUGGCAACAAGUUUGACGUGACAUGCAAGCCCUGUGCCUCAACCACCCAGUACAGCCAAGCUGUGUUUGACGGAAACCAUUAUCACUAUCUGCCAUGGUACGACACCAAGCCAAUGGUGGCCAUCACCUCUUUCUGGGAGGACGCUAGCUACUACAUGGACACCUUGAACAUCAUGCACUCCACACGCGACAGGCUGAAAUUGAAUCUGGAUGCUCUGAGAUCCGUCCGAAACGCCGAGGAUCCAUCUUUGGGUAACAUCUGGAAGAAGCUGCUGGAAGAGCUGCUGGAGGACUGCAAAAGGCUGCUGCCCAGUUUGGAAGGUCGGAUGACAGCCACAGUCCUGGAUCAACAGCUGAGGGACCUGCGUGGUCGGCUCCUCCACCAAGUAGCCGGGUCUGCAGAGAGGCUGAGCACUGGGACUAACCCAAAGACCCUGAUCCUCAAGGCAGAGGACUGGCUGCAGAGGAUCGACUCGGUCACUCCGGAGGCCCAAGCCAGCAUGCCCGACGUGGUGAUCUGGAUGCUGUGCAAGGAGAAGCGGGUGGCCUAUGCCCGGGUGAAGGCUCAUACCAUCAUGUUCUCCAAGGCCGGUCCCUGCACCUGUGGCAAGCUGUGUGGGAAAACCCACACCCUCUUCCUGAAGGUAGGAGACGUGCCAGGAUCUCUGCCCCUCUCGCUCAUCAGGCUGUGGGGUGCCGGAGAGACAAGCAGCUGCAGAGCUGGCUCUGCCCACGCCUGGUGGCUGCAUUUGGAGCGGGUGCAGCAUGGCCCCUUUGCCUUUCUCUUGCAGAGCCCCCAGAGCGACGGGAAGGACACCAUCCAUGGCCAGCUGCGCAUGCGGAUGUGGCUCAGUCUGGUGUCCGACAGCCAGGAGUUCAUGAGGCACUGUGAGGGGAAGAUCGGGAUCUAUGCAGAGACGUAUGAGAACCAGGUGAAGAUCUUUGGGAAGUGGGGGUCCAAAGGGCUGAUGCAGCACCCCAGCUCCUCGGACAUAACCGGGAAGAUUGGUAUCCCGAGGGACAAGUUCCAGCUGCCCAAGGGCUGGCACUGGGAUGGCGACUGGGCAGUGGAGCCACAGAGGAGGCUGCUGCUGGAUACUGAAACCAACCACAGUGAGGUUCUGGAGGAGGUGUACGAGAACGAGAGCCGGCAGCCAGGGGAAGAGUGGGCCCCAGCCCCUUCUCCCAACACCGAUGUGGGUGGAGCCGCUGUCUCCCCAAGGGAAGGGAUCGUGUGCCCUAAGGGCUGGCACUUCGAGGAAGGCUGGAGGGUGGAUGUGAACCGAGCUGUGGAUGAGGCUGGCCUCCUCCCCGGUCCUGAUGGCAGCGGGGCUCCUAUCUCAGGCUGGGAGUACGGCAUUGGCAUCCCCCCCACCGGAACCCCCCAGGCCUGGAAUGCUGCAGAGAAGACGUACCACACGCACCGGCGUCGGCGCUGGCUGCGAAGACGCUGUCGGGACCUGAACGCUCAGAGCCAGGAGCAGGAAAUCGCCUCCUUUCUCCAGCUGCACUCUGCAGGGAAGCCGGUGGAAGAGGACACCUGGGAAUACACCUCCUUCUUCGGCUGGAAGUUCCACCUGCAGCCCCGGCCGCAUGACACUUACCGGCGGCGCUGCUGGCGCAGGAAGCUCGUGCCCGUGCAGCCCACCAGGGUGGCUCCCAUUUUCCUCUUGGAGGGCUCCCUGGGCGUGGAGUUGGAAGAUCAAGAGAAAGAGGAAGGAGAGGAGGAGGAGAAAGAGAAACAGAAGAAGCGAGAGAAAAAACUCCUGGAGGAAGGAGAGAGAGAAAAGAGGUCCCCAGCCCAGAACAUCCUGCAGCUGAACACUCCUCUGAUCACCUGUGUCUUCCAGAAGCCCAAUUACUACCAGCUGCGCUGCUACAUCUACCAAGCCAGGGAUCUGACACCAAGCGAUGGCAAGAGCUCCUCCGAUCCCUAUGCUCACGUGUCCUUCCUGCACAUGAGCCAGCGCACACAGACCUUGGCUGCCACCCUGAGCCCCAGCUGGGACCAGACCCUCAUCUUUGACCAUGUGCUGAUUUACGGAGACCCCCAGGCCACCUGGCAGGACCCGCCACUGGUGGUUUUGGAGCUGUUUGACCGGGAUAUCAUUGACAAGGAUGACUUCCUGGGGAGGAGCGUGUGUUCCCCACUAGUAUGUCUGGAUCUCGAAUCCCGACGCCUCCCCCACCUCCAGUGGUAUCCAAUCACAAGGCAGCAGAAGGAAGCGGGCGAGCUCUUAGCUGCCUUUGAGCUCCUAUUGAAUCCCAAGGAUGGUGCACCAGGCCACCUUCCCGCCCCCUCCUGGAAGAACGGGGUCUACGUCAUCCCUAGCGGCAUCCGGCCCACACUGAGACUGAUGGCCAUUGAGAUCCUGGCCUGGGGCCUGCGGAGCCUGCAGAGCUACAACCUGUUGAGCAUCAUGUCGCCGAGCCUGGUGGUGGAGUGUGGAGGAGAGGCCAUCCAGACGGCUCCCAUCAGAGACCUCCACGAGAACCCCAACUUCCCAAUCAAUGUCUUCCUCCUAAGAGUGCACCUACCCAUGGAAGAAGAUUUAACGCCCCCCAUCGAGCUGAAGGUCGUGGACAACCGGGAGUUUGGGUACAAGCCAGUGGUGGGCCAGGCCAGCGUGAGAUCCCUGCGCCAGUACAUGUGCGAGCCGUCAGCAGAGGGGCACCAUGCCAGCCUGCCACCCCCAGUGGCUUCCAAGGGGAAGAUUGCGAAGAUGCUGGGCAGGAUGGCUGCUGAGUCGUGGCUUCGAACCACACCAAGAGCAGAGAAGGAGGAGGAAGAGUGUGUCGACUGGUGGAGCAAGUUCUAUGCUGCCACGGGGGAUCUGGCAAAGAGCGGAGAUUACCUGCAGACAGGGCUGGACAGCCUGAAGGUCUAUCACUGUGAGUUGGAGGCUGUGCCAGAGUUCCAGGGCCUGCAGGAUUUCUGCCAGACCUUCAGGCUGUACCGCCGGCGGGGGCAGGAGGCGGCCAGCGAAGACCCCCUGGUAGUUGGGGAAUUCAAGGGACUCUUCCUGAUCUACCCACUGCCGGAGGACCCCAGCUCCCCACCACCGCCGCGCCAGUUCCAGGAGCUGCCCAAAAGGCAACCCCAGAAGUGUCUGGUCCGGGUUUACAUCAUCCGGGCCUUUAACCUCCCACCAAAGGAUAGGAACGGCCUGUGCGACCCCUACGUGAGGGUCACCCUAGGCAAGAAGAAGCUGGGGGACAGAGACCAAUAUCUGCCCAACACCCUGGAACCUGUCUUUGGCAGGAUGUUUGAGCUCCCGUGCACCCUCCCACGGGAGAAGGACUUGCAGAUCUCGCUCUUUGACUACGACCUCGUCCUCCCCGACCAGAAGAUAGGGGCCACCAGCAUCGACCUGGAGAACCGACUCCUGUCCCGCUUCCGGGCCAACUGCGGCCUGCCCCAGUCCUACUGCAUUUCUGGCCCCUGUCAGUGGCGAGACCAGCUCCUCCCCACCCAGUUACUGGAGAACUUUGCUAAGAUGAAAAGUCUGGCCCUGCCCGAGUUCAGCGCAGAUGGAGGCAAAGCCACCUUCAUGGGCAGGUCCUUCCUGCUGGCGCAGUUUGAGAGCAAGGUCCCUGCGCACGGUCACCUGGGCCCCCCGAGAGAGCGCCUGGCCCUGCACCUGCUCCACACCUGCGGGCUGGUCCCCGAGCACCUGGAGACCAGGACGCUGCACCACAGCAUCCAGCCCGGCAUCGACCAGGGGAAGCUGCAGAUGUGGGUGGACAUUUUCCCAGAGAGCUUUGGCCACCCAGGCCCUGCCUUCGACAUCACCCCACGGAAGCCCAAACGGUACGAGCUGCGCUGCAUCGUCUGGAACACGCGGGACGUGGAUCUGCGGGACACCAGCAUCACGGGGCAGAGGAUGAGCGACAUCUAUGUGAAAGGGUGGCUGGAUGGCCUGGAGGAAGAGAGGCAGAGAACCGAUGUGCACUAUAGGUCCCUGGGAGGAGAGGGCAACUUCAACUGGAGGUUCAUCUUCCCCUUCGAGUUCCUGCCCAUGGAGCAGGUCUGCGUCCUGCCCAAGAAGCAAUAUCUCUGGAGCCUGGAUGAGACCGUGCUGAAGGUGCCCCCCAAGCUCAUCCUCCAGGUGUGGGACAACGACAAGUUCUUGGCUGACGAUUUUCUUGGGGUUCUGGAAAUCAAACUGCUCAGCAUGCCUUGCCCAGCCAGGCGCCCCCGGGACUGCACCCUGAAAAUGCUGCAGGACGAGAGCGACUUCCCCGCCCGAGCCCGCUGCCCCAGGAGAACCUCCCUCUUCAAGCAAAGGCUCGCCCGAGGCUGGUGGCCGUGCGUGGUGCAGGAGGAGGGCAGGCAGCGGCUGUCGGGGAAGAUCGAGGUGACGCUGGAGAUGCUGAUGGCCAAGGAGGCAGAAGAGCGGCCGGCUGGGAAGGGACGGGAGGAGCCGAACAUGAACCCCACCCUGCAACCCCCCGUGCGCCCAGAAGCCUCGUUCCUGUGGUUCGCGGCCCCCGUCAAGAGCCUGCGCUACAUCCUCUGGCAGCCGCACAAGUGCAAGAUCAUCCUGGGGGCCGCGCUGCUCCUGCUGCUGCUCCUGCUCGCCACCUUCAUCUACGCCUCCCCGCGCUACUUGGCCAUGAAGCUGAUAAACCCCUUCCGCAGUCUCCAUUCCUUGGGGAGCCUCAGUCCGCUCGCGGGGAGCGGCGGGAGCCCGUAGGCCGCAGGCCAGCCCAGCUCCUGGGCUGACAACCCGCUACAGGCCCUGAAGACGGACAGCUCCAGCUGCCUCCCAGCACCGAGGGGGCUGUCCCCGCCCCCAGCCCGUGGAUGUGGGCAGCAGCACCCCUUCCGCCUCACCUGCCCCCACCCUCCUGUCAUCUGGAUCUUCUCUGCCCCAAGGGAGCAGCAGCUAGGCGCGCUGCUCGCUCCCAGCACACGCUCUGCUGGCCUGCGCUCCUGUGCCCUGGGGGCCAAGGGCCACGGACCCCGGGCCAGUGCUGGAAAGCAGCAUGAACACACAAGCGGCCCUAGCUCCAGGAAGGUUGUUCUCUGAGCCGAAAGCAUCCAGGGCCAGCAUUCCCCAAUAAAGGCACGGAAAGGAUGCCCUUCACCGUGGCUUGAGUGCCUAAGAGACCUUCACACAGUGCCUCGCUCAAGCACAGGAGCUGCGUCCAUUAGGGGCUGCGGCGCUGAAACACUGAGCGCCAGCCCCUGCCCAGUGACCAUUUCCCAGCCAGCCUGCUGGGAAAGCCCUCCACUCCGCUCCGUUCCUCGCCUCCUGCAGCAUUUCCUGGCCAGGCUCGUUCUGGGCGCAUGGGCUGGGAGAGGUCAGUCCCACAGGUGCAAAGCUGCCUCUAUGGCCCUUUCAGCGGCCCAAGGCGACAGCUGUAUUUCCAUGCUGCCACCAGCACGAGCCCUACUCCCCGCAGGGAGGUAGCAUGAAAUACCAGUGACCGAUCGCUGGAGAGGGACUGAGUGCAGCAGAGCCAGGCUGCAGGAGACACCCCCAACGCCAGUGUCCUCAGGCACAGCUCUGCCAGGGGGUCACGUUUUCUUUGAAAUGAUCAAAACAAGGGCCCUGGUUGGUCGAGGUUAUUUAUGCACCCGCUGGCCCAGCGGCAGGGGCUUUUAUCUUCCCGCUAGCACUUGUGCCUCUAGCCAGGGUGGGGUGGCUCAGGUAAGGGACCCCGAGCCCAGUGUCCCGCCCCGCACUCUGCCAGCAGCCCGGGACUGGCCCUGCAUGGGGAAGGAAUUAGACACAUUUCACUGAGGCAGUUCUGUACCCACCAGCCGCUGCAGCAGGGUCAGGAGGGCAGCGGAAAGUGCAACUCUUACUCCUGCAGUGCCCAUAGAACUCCUUUGAGGAGCAAAGAUGGACACAUCCACACCUGGCGGGGUCGCUGUAGAACUACAAGGUCAAUCAAUACACAAAACAAAAACCCUCCAUCCCGGGGCAGGGAGACAAGAGCAACACCCCAGGAUUAAAUGCAGUGCAGCCCUGCACUGGGGGAUGUGUGUGUGUGCGCGCGCGCGCAUGUAUUUCCAGGACACAAAUUACACUUGCAGAAACAGGUGCACACACAUACAGUUCUGUUGAUCAGGUAAAAUGUUUUAAAAGAGGCAAAAGCAGAACCAAUGCUUUCAGGCUACCCUAGUGCUUUGCCACAUGUAAAAUCUCCCCAGAGGCAUCCUACCAGACCAAAGCACCCCACUACAGCAAAUGCCAGUUUGCCACCCUCAAGGCCGGGGGCUUAGAUAUGCAGUCACAGGAGCAAACAUCUUAGUCAGAUCCUUUCUGCAGAGGGAAGCACCUCUUGAAUCCUCGUCACUGAUUUUCCUACAGAGGCCAAGGCUCUUAACCAUGUUGGGGAGGGAAAAAUAGUUGCAGAACUCAAAGAUACGCAAGCAGGGAUCACAUUUCAGUGUCUAGAGCAGAGGCACCAAGCUGUGGCCUGCAGUCACUCCACACUUCAGAAAGCCCACGUCCUCCUAUUAGCACAGGGCCUGGAAUGCAAGAGCUGCAGAUUUUACCAUACCAGGAGCUGCAGUCAGUCACUUGGCUUCCCCCUGCCCUAUUUUACCCUCACACCCAGUCCAUGAGGUACCUGGGUAAAGAGCGCACGGCUUCUCACCUGCACCUCUGCCGAUCAGGUCUCAUGCCCCUGUAAAGUCCAUCGAAUUAAGGCUGCAGAUUGCAGCAUCCAUCUGGACACCGGUACUGGCAGCUCCUGCCCAACAGGGCACAACACCAGCAGAGGUCAGGAACCCUUCGGUUAACAACGCCUCUGCUCUUUGCCUCUCACGCUCUUUGGGGAGCACCGGCUACAACAGCUGCUUCCUGGCUGGGCCACGCUAGGAGCAAUGCUGGUGAUCGCACCUGUCCCAGUGUCCCUGGCUGGCCACUCCCAGAGCAGGGCAGGGUUUACAUAUAGACCAAUAGCCAAGACUUUCAAAAGCAAUUGGGGAUUUUGGUGCCCAGCCGGAGAUCCCUGAAAGGGGCCUGGUUUUCACAAGGGGCUGGAAGCCCUGCUCCAAACAGGGAGGCUCUUUAAGAUGUCUCCAG